CACCGCGAGAUCAGCUGACUUGACUCUCCUACUUCCUCAAAGUGUAAACAUUGGCAAUCGCAGGGCAGUGUGAGGCCACGGAGCAAAUCAUGAGCAACAGACUAUAUGUGUUAGAUUGUCUGUAUAACACAAUGUGACGUUUGAAGCUUUGUGCGGAGCUACGAGAGCAGCUGUGAGCGGCAGAACAGCUGAUCGAAGGAGCUCAAAGGUUUGUAUGCUGUGUGGGAAUGGGUUCCAUCCCCUCUUGGUCCAAAUGGAGAAUAAAGGGAGCGACGAGGUGGAAAAAUUGAAGACAAAGUUCUUGUCAGUGUGGCACAAUGUGAAGUACAGUUGGGCUCUGAAAUCAAAGACCUCAUUCAGUAGAAAUUCCCCAGUGCUUCUUCUGGGAAAAUGUUACCAUUUUAAAGUUGAAGAUGACGACAGUCUCACAGAAGCCUGCUAUGAAACCUCUGAUGAGGACUUUGUCAUGGGGAACGUGGAGGCUUUCCGGAAGGAUUUCGCGUCUCGAGUGUGGCUGACCUACAGGGAGGAGUUCCCUCCCUUGCCCGGCUCCACCCUGACCUCCGACUGUGGCUGGGGAUGCAUGCUGAGGGCUGGACAGAUGAUGCUGGCUCAGGCACUCACUCUACACUUCCUGGGCAGAGACUGGACCUGGUCAGAGGCACUGACCCUCCAGCCUUUAGACACAGAGACGUGGACAACCACUGCAGCCAAACGUCUGGUUGCCUCUCUGGAGGCUUCUCUGCAAGGUUCCCACAGACCCUCUGACCCCGAAUUACCACCUGUGCCUCAAGCCCAGGCCCCAGGAUCUGCAGAGGAGGCAGAUGCACAUUUGAAAGAGAUGUACCACCGCACACUGGUGUCCUGGUUCGGGGACAGCCCCUCGGCUCAGCUGGGCCUCCACCGGCUGGUCCGCUUAGGCCUGACGAUGGGGAAACAGGCAGGGGACUGGUACGGACCUGCUGUGGUGGCACACAUCCUCAAGAAAGCUGUCGAGGAGGCGAUGGACCCUGGCUUGGCGGGUAUAACUGCCUAUGUCUCCCAGGACUGCACAGUGUACAGUGCGGAUGUCGUCGAUAGCCACAGGGCACCGACAGCAGGGCAGGCCUCUGCUGAGAGAUCGGAUGCUCCUCCUCCGCCGCAGAACAACCAACCAGCGUCCUCCUCCACCCUGCCAGACAGCCGAGCCGUCAUCAUCCUCGUCCCUGUGAGGCUGGGCGGGGAGAAGACGAACCCUGAGUAUUUUGAGUUUGCAAAGAGCAUACUGAGUCUGGAGUACUGCAUAGGCAUCAUCGGAGGGAAGCCCAAACAGGCCUGCUACUUUGUAGGAUUUCAAGAUGACAGCUUGAUUUACAUGGACCCUCAUUACUGUCAGUCUUUUGUGGAUGUCAGCACCAGCGAUUUCCCUCUCCAGUCAUAUCAUUGCCCCUCACCAAAGAAGAUGCCUUUCAGCAAGAUGGACCCAAGCUGCACCAUAGGUUUCUACUCUAGAAGCAUCCAAGAUUAUGAGAGAAUCAGCCAAGAGCUGUCUAAGGUUCUGCAGCCGUCAGCGAAGGAGAAAUACCCAGCAUUCACUUUCGUGCAAGGUCACGGCAGAGAUUACGACCUGUCGGCAGGCCUGACCCCAGAGAAGAGAGAAUGGCCCUUCAUCCGUGACCCGAGGAGGACGGUCACCACUGCUGGGGACUUUGUGCUGCUUUGACAGCACUGUUUAAAAAAGACUACUGACAGGGAACUUCCUCCUUUUUAAGAUUCAAACUGCUCAGUAUCCAGAGCCGCGUGAGACUGUUGUGACACUGAAGGUUUUCAAACUCUUUUAAACUACAGUAAUUCAUUUUAUACAUCCUGGAAACUUUGUUGCUGAGCAAUUUUAGACAAAAACUGCUGUUAACUGGUUGGACUCUUAUUUGUUGCCUGGCAUUGUGAGCACACUGAAUAAUUCGUCAGGAAACAUUUUAGACAUUUCUUUGGUGCUCUGCUGAAUUUAAUGACCUAACAUUUUUAUAUAUUCAUCUGCAAAAGAACAGCAUUCAAGGAAACACUAUUCAUUUUGCACCACUGUCUCUGUUUCAAUGGACUUAAGACAAGAUCUUGAUCUUCGACUUUAUCAACACACCAGAUUCUGGGAGAUUUGAUGAAGGACUUUUUUGCACCUUACAUCAUGUUGAAGUCUCAAAGGGACUUACUUAUAAUGAUCACUAGGUCCAGCUCAGCACUCCCAUGUUGAUGUGACAUAGAGCAGUAGAAACUAUGACUAAAAUCAGUGUUUGCCCACAUUGAAGGACUACACCUAUGGCAUUAAGACGAAGUUAGCCUUAAGCCUUAAGUAAUAGAGGCCAAGUGCUCAGUAACUUUUACAAACUUCUCAGCUAAAAACAUUUCAUCAAACAAGAUGAAUUCCUCACCCACCUCAAACACCUCAACAACACAAGCACAAGCACAAGGACACUCUUCAGAAUUAUGCCAAUAUCUCCUUUUAGUCACGCUAGAGCUAAUUUCUUUCUUGUAGCAAUAAUAUAUGAUGGUGUUGCGUGUUGAUAUGAUUGUUUGCUUGUCUUAGUGUGUUUUUGAGUGGCAUUAACUUUAACUGAGUUAUGCAUCGUGGUGAAAGUGAUCAGCUGUAGCAGGUGGGUUUGUCAAAGAGAUAAUGGUGUUUUGUGCUAUACCUCACGAAGCACUAUGUGUUAUUAAUUACCCUUUACUGUAGGAUGCUUUGGAUGUAAUAUCAUGUACUGUAUAUAUAAUCUAACACACAUUUAAAACAGCAACUGAAGGCAAAUAAUUAAAAAACACUCUUAAAUCAGAUUCAGGGAAUUACAUUAUAGAGAGAACUACUGUAACAACCAUCUAAUCAUUAUUAUUAUUUGCAUGUUGUGUACAGUUAACAAUUUUGGCCAAUUAUUUCAAAGCAUUUUUGGGAAGUGUUUUUCAUACAGAAGAGAUUUUUUUAACAUUUCAUUUUAUGUUUCUUAUUAUAUCAAUUUUUUUCUAAUUCUAAUUCCCUUUUUCAAAACACUUUUACAAUAGCUACAGGUAAAUAAAACUGUAGCUAUUGUAAAAGUGAAGGGGCGCACAAAAUUACACGUUAGGCUACAAAACUCAUGCACUUUGAUUCAUUACUUCAAAGACACUGAAGUAUUCCCACUGUUUAAUCUUCUUCAUGUGCUUUCCUCCAUCACAACACCUGCAUGUUUAAGUCAACUUGCACAAUUAAUCUCUGCAAUCUAAAAUGUUUUUACACUGCUGGGUGCAAAAGCUGAAUAAAGUAAAAAAUAUUUGACUUUCUCAA